AUGCAGCAACGCACACGCUGGGAUCACCCCAUUUUCCUGAUUAUCUUCCAUCCCAUUGGCCCAUUUAUAUCAUCUCGCCAUCUCCGAUACCCACCCACCAUGCCUCCCAAAGCAGCCGUCGUGGUACCCCUGUACAUCUACCCACUGACCUCCGAAACAUGGGCCCCCCUCUACACAGCAAUCGAGCAAAAUCCCGCCCUCACCUUCCUCGUCAUCGUCAACCCCAACAGCGGCCCCGGCGAGCCUGACCAACCCUCCCCGGACCACAAUUACGCGCGCGAAGUCCCGCGGCUCAACGCUUACGCCAACGUGUACACCGUAGGCUACAUCCGGAUCGACUACUGCAGGAAGCCCUUCGGCGAGGCCUGCGAUGAGAUCGCGCGAUACGCCGGGUGGGCCGGGGAUUAUGAGGCUACGAAGCUCGGCGUGCGCGGCAUCUUUGUUGACGAGACGCCGAACCAUGAGUCGGAGGAGAGGGUCGAGUACCUUGAGAGGUUGACGAGGUUCAUCAAGGGGUGUGAGGGGAUUCUAGGUGACAAGUUUGUAAUCCACAACCCAGGAACAGCCCCAUCCCCGUCAAUCGCCGCGACCGCCGAAAUGACCUUUAUCUGCGAAGAGCCGUACUCGCGGUACCGCAGCGACGAGGUGCAAAGGUGGCUGGAGCUGCAUCCGUUUGAGCGGACGCGCGCCGGGUUCAUGCUUAGCGGGGUGCCGAACGAGGAGCUGCAUGGGCUCGUGCAGGAGCUCCGGCACCGGUCGGCGUACAUCUUCGUCACGGAGGUUGUGGAUGAUUUUUACGAGAGCUUUGGGGAGAGGAGUUGGGGGGCGUUUAUGCGGGCGUUGCAGCACGGUGACGGUGAGGAGAGUGGUGAGCAGGAUGGUGAGCAGGAUGGCGAGCAGGUGGCGUCGGCGAGACCGUUGCCCUAG